ACGAAACAUCCGUAGUGUACACACGCGCGCGUUCUCUCUCCUUUCGUGUGAUUUUGUGCAUGACCGUGUGUGUUAUGCCAGCGGUAGCAGCAGCAGGCAGCAGCAGUGGAUACAGUAGCACCAGAAGCAUACGGCUAUUCUCGAAACAAGCAUGAGUUUAUCGAUUUUCCCAGAGGCAAAAGACGCUAAUAAUAAGGCGCAUACGACCGCAGCAUGCAAGAUCCAUUAUCUUGUGUUUGCAGCUCUCCAACUUAUCCUGUAGCUACGGACAACUAGAAAGUUAGGUUUAUUUUAUUAUGUGUAUGUUGGUAAAAUGUCCAUAAUUGUUCCACCACUAUAUUGGCUGUCCUUUGUUCAUGAGGCGCCGUUUAGCCAUUAAACCGAUUCAACAACCACUUAUAUCAUAUGAUAAUCGGUUAUUGCACAUUAGCCGAAUGUUUCUCUUUGUAUUCUCUUAAUGUUACUUAUCUUUCCACUUGCCGACAGCAUGGCGCAUGUGUUGCUAAUUUUAUUCAAACGCUCGAUUCACACCCUCACGAUCGCCGCGGCGUUUUGCCCAGUGGCUGGCCGAGCGCAAUGUUUUUGUUUCUCCCUCGUUUUCGGUAUUAUUUACAUCUGCCAGAUAUUUGUCACUCGGCUACGGUAAAGCGGCGUGGGCCGGUCACCACUAGCUAGCUGAAACGCUUGCGAACGCGCUACCAUGGGAACGGCGACAGUCCAUACUAACACGAUCGCUCAUGCCCCCUACACAGCUGGAUAUGUAGGGAUCAAUCUCUCAGUUUCCUUUUAUCCAGCAAACGAAGUGGAUCUUCUUUCUGUGGUCGCCCGCAGCUGGUGUGUCGUCGGACGUUAGUGCUAAUAGAAUCUAAUUCCAAUGGGCCAAAUCACAUCUCGCACCCUUGACGCGGACGAAAUCCGUCGAUUGGGCAAACGCUUCAAAAAACUGGAUCUCGACAAUUCGGGCGCCCUCAGCAUCGAUGAGUUUAUGUCCCUGCCAGAGCUGCAGCAAAACCCGCUGGUGCAGCGUGUGAUCGACAUUUUCGACGCGGACGGCAAUGGGGAGGUCGAUUUCAAGGAGUUUAUCCAGGGCGUGUCGCAGUUUAGCGUAAAGGGCGACAAACUGUCCAAGCUGAAAUUUGCCUUCCGAAUAUAUGACAUGGAUAACGAUGGAUACAUCUCGAAUGGGGAACUAUUUCAGGUGUUAAAAAUGAUGGUCGGUAACAAUCUGAAGGAUACGCAACUGCAGCAGAUCGUAGACAAGACGAUCGUGUUCGCCGACAAGGACGAGGAUGGCAAGAUAUCGUUCGACGAGUUCUGUUCAGUGGUGGGCAACACCGAUAUUCAUAAAAAGAUGGUCGUGGAUGUCUAAAGAUUCUCGUGCUGGGUUCGGUUUACCUCUCCGCCAAGGGCAUAGGCACCAUCAAUAUGUAGUAAUGGGCGGUACAGUCCGUCGCGUACUGGGUAAAAACACACAAAAAAGAACACACACAAAGAAACAAUUCGUCGUCCUGCAAGCUUCAUUUGAAACACUAUUGCAAUAAUCUGCACCUUAAUCUCCCACCCGCGGUGUUGCUGCGAACGAUGGUGAAAACAGUGUGGGAUGAUUACGAAUGGGUAGUUUUGUCACAAUUUUACCAUUUUUACCUAUUCACCCAGCGACACACAUAGCCCCAGAUAUACUUACACAAACCUAUCCUAUCCUAUACAAUCGCUUACGUGUCAUAUUUGGAAACGCUCUCGCAUCAUUUGUUUUAUUCCGUCGUUGAUUUAAUUCCGAUGAAAAUGAUAACAUAUUUGCAUCAGAUGCAACUAUUAAAAAGAAAGGUAAAUAGUAACGGUGCGCGUGCAAUAAUGGUUUUGUGAUGGUACUAUCCAGUGUUUAUCUUUCAAUUUCAAUUAAUCUAUCGUUCAUCAAUAUGUCCUUAAAAAACAAUAUUUUUGUUUGUUUGUUUGUUCGUAAAUGUUUAAGAGAGAGGCAAUUCAUGUUUUACCUAUUUACAUAUUGUUACAAUUGUCUCCUUGUGCGGUUAGUCUGUGAAACUUCGUUAUCAACGUUUUUAAAACAGCAAGAGACGAUUAAUUAUGCUUAGCAUUAUACGUUAUAUGAGUUUGUUUUGUUUCAAUCGAUUACACUUACGUAUUAUAUAGACCAAUGUAGUUAAGUAAUAAUAUUAAUAAAAAAGUGCGAUCUGCCGAAGAUG